AUGGCCAGCAUCGCCAGCAACGAGCAAGCCCCAGCGGCUGGUGCCGAGACCGAGUGUAAGCUGGAGAAGGUGACAGCCUUCCUGCAGGCGAGCCAUGAGCAGAUCUUUGUGAAUAACCGCAAGUGGGUGGAGUGCAAGGUCAAUGCCGACUGCGAUUUCUUUAGCAAGCUGAGUUCCGGCCAGAAGCCGGAUUAUCUCUACAUCGGCUGCGCCGACUCUCGUGUCCCCGCCAACGAGAUCAUGGGCCUCGAUGCCGGCGAGGUCUUCGUGCACCGCAACAUCGCGAAUCUGGUCCCCAACACGGACCUGAACGUCAUGUCGGUGAUCGAGUACGCCGUGGCGCAUCUGCACGUGAAGCACAUCGUCGUGUGUGGGCACUACUCCUGCGGUGGAGUGCAGGCGGCCCUUUCGCACACGGACAUGGGCCUGCUGAACCCCUGGCUGCGAAACAUCCGCGACGUGUACCGCCUCUACGAGAAGGAGCUCGACGAGAUCCCGGACCCGGAGCUCAAGAACCGACGCCUAGUCGAGUUGAACGUUAUGGAGCAGGCGCGGAACGUCAUCAAGACCGCCGUGGUGCAGCAGAGCUACCAGAACAACGGCUACCCCAUCGUCCACGCGUGGUGCUUCGACCUGAAGGAUGGCCUCCUCAAGGAUCUUGAACUUGAUUUUGAGAAGCAGUUGAACGGUAUCAAAAAGAUCUACAAUCUCGGUCUGCACUAG